AUGGCCAACCCCCAACCCCCAUUCACCGGUGCCGGCGCCGGCGCAAACAUCCUCACGCCCAACAGCAACGCCUCCAACCUCAAGCCCAUCACCAAAAUCAGACUCUGCCCUCCAAGCCCAUGCUCACCCCGCCCACGAGGCACAACCACCCCGCGUCCCGGCACCAAGCCAAAGGCAAUCAAGCUUGCUCAAGGCCUCGUCGUCCUCGUCGCCAGCCUCCGGCGCCAGUCGCCGCCGGAAACUCCACCGCCAGGAAAACAGUCAACAGUCUCGGAGACGCCCACCCCAGAGUCACCAGCAACGGCACCAGUCAGAACCUACCCCUCGAGAUUCGCAACCCUCUACGCCACCGCCGCCCGCGUCGACCACUGGCUCAACCAGCAAGUCGCACUCCACGCGGCCCGCGUAUCCCCCUUCUCCGCCUUCUCUGCGGCGGCAGCGGCGGCGGCGGCGAACGCGAACGCUAACCCCAAGAAGAGGCCGAGGGUCCUCAUCUCGACGCGGAAUCUCGCGUGGAUGAGGGCGAGUAACGGCGUCUGGGUGAAGGUCCCGCUUGCGGGUUGGAAGGAGAAGCAGAUGAGGCCUGUUACCUAGGUUGUUGUCGACGACAAGUCUUGGUGGUGAGUGAGUGUACGUGCGAGACAGACAUACAUACAUACACAUACACAGGCGCGCAGAGAAAGAGAGUAGAGCAAGAGCAGAGCAUCGUACAUGUGGGCACCGAUGUAUACUGUCCAACCGGGAACAAAAGAGUUUCCCACUUACGACUUACGAACUUGGAUCCAAGCAU